AUGAACUUUUGCAAGAAAUCCGUCUCCUUCAACGCAGCGCGGGACAUUCCUCCCCUCGACGGCAAGGUCAUUCUCGUGACGGGCGGCAACAUCGGCCUGGGCAAGCAGUGCGUGCUGGAAUAUGCGCGCCACAAUCCCGCGCAAAUCUGGCUCGCAGCCCGCAACCUCGACAAGGCCAGAGCCGCGGCGGACGAGAUCAACGCGCAGCUUCCCAAGGACAAGCCCUCACCGACGAUCAAGCUCCUCCAGCUCGACCUCUCCUCGCUUGAGUCAGUCCAGACCGCGGCUCGUACCGUCCAGGCCGAGUCCACCCGGCUAGACAUCCUCAUGCUCAACGCCGGCGUCAUGGCUGUCCCGCCUGGUCUGACCAGGGACGGAUACGAACUCCAGUUUGGGACAAACUACCUCGGCCAUGCACUACUGGCUAAGCUACUGCACCCCCUGCUCGAGCGCACCGCUGCUGCUGCCACUGUCCCCGAAGCCGACGUCCGUAUCAUCAUGCUGUCCUCCCACGGCCACGUAUACGCGCCAAAACCCGAAGGCAUCCGCUUCGAGACGCUGCGGACCACGGCCGACGCGCUGGGGCCGUACGGGCGGUACGGCCAGAGCAAGCUGGCCAUGAUCCUCUGGGUGCGGCACAUGGCAAGGCUGUUGGAUCCGCAGCGGUUCACAGUCGUCGCGAUCCACCCGGGCAUUGUGCGGACGAAUUUGAUGAAUAAUGCGACGGGGUCGCCGCUAGCUGUUCGUGUCCUGGGCAAGGUGGCGAGCCAUCUUGUGACGCCUGUGGAUCAGGGGGUAAAAAACCAGCUUUGGGCGUCGGUCAGCAGGGAGGUGCAGUCGGGGGAGUACUACGAGCCGGUUGGGAUUGCCGGGUGUGCGACGGAGUUGGGAAGGGAUGAUGCGUUGGCGGAGAGGCUUUGGGAGUGGACUGAGAAUGAGCUCGCGAGGUUUGUUGGUACCUAG